GGCGCGCGUGGCAAAUGGAGUGGGUCCUUGCGGAAGCGUUGCUCGCGCAGAGCCGAGACCCGCGGGUCCUGCUCGCGACGCUGUGCCGCGGGGAGGCGUCCGCCGAGCGCGUGGAGACGCUGCGCUUUCUCCUGCAGAGGCUCGAGGACGAGGCGGCGCAAGGCGGCGGGGACGCGCUCCCAGAGGCGGCGCGCGAGGUCGCCGCCGGGUACUUGGUGCCGCUGAUGCGCGGCCUGCGCGCGCGCCCCGCGGGAGCCAUGGACUGCGACCCGCCGGCCCCGCACCGCCGGCGCCUGUUGACGGCGGCGGGCGCGGCCCUCCGUUCCUGCGCGCGCCUCGCGGGGGGCUCGCAGCUGGCGACCACGCUGGCCGAGGAGGCGCUGCGCGACCUGCUGGCCGCGGGGCCCGCCCCCGGCCUUGAGGGGAUCGCCGAGGUAGCCGUGGAGGUGCUGGCGGCCGUGGGACCCUGCCUCCGGCCCCACGAGGACGGGCAGCUGCUGGAGCGCGUGGCGCAGGCCGCGCUCUCCCUGGCGCUAGCAGGGGAUGGGGAGGCGGCGGCGCUGGCGGCCGGGAGGCUGCUGCCGGCUCUCGGCAAGAGCGACGGGGCGGUGCUGCGGGCCGUGUGGGGCGGGCUGCUGGCGCCGUCAGAGCCCGGCCGCUUGGGUCCGAGGCUGCAGGUGCUGAGCGCCCUGGCCGAACGGCUGCUCCCGGAGACCGACGAGCACCAGAGAAGCCCGGACGCGCGAUGCUGCGCACGGUUCUGGCAGACGGUGCAGGCGGGGCUGGCGCUCGCCGAGGACGCGCUGACGCGCAAGCGCGCGCGCUACCUGCUGCAGCGGGCGGUGGAGGUGUCGGCUGAGCACGGCGCGGACUGCAGCUCUGGACCCCGGGAAGGAAACGGCCCAAGUCUGUUUUGGUGGUCUGAGAAGAGAAAAGACGAGCUUCUGAAGUUUUGGGAAAACUAUAUUUUAAUUCUGGAAACUCUAGAAGGAAACCAGAUACAUGUUAUAAAGCCCGUUUUACCAAAGCUAAACAAUCUGUUUGAAUAUUCAGUGUCAGAGGAAAACGUCCACCCGGAGAAACCGGAUGCGGGGCUCCUGUGUCAGCCCGAGACCUUCCCCGAGGGCCGGUGGCUCCUGCACCCCUCCUGGCACUUGUGCAUUUACAAACGGAUGUUUGAGAGUGAGAACAAAAUCCUGACCAAGGAAGGCGUGAUCCACUUCUUGGAGCUCUAUGAAACAAAGGCGCUCCCGUUUUCACCAGACGUUUCCGAGUUUAUUAUCGGACCGUUGAUGGAUGCACUUUCAGAGAGCUCUCUAUACAGCAGGUCGCCGGGCCAGCUGAUGGGAAGUGGCUCUCCACUGGGAUUGAAAUUACAGAGGUUUCUAGUCACUUACGUGUCUCUUCUUCCAGAAGAACUAAAGAGUAGUUUUUUGUUGAAGUUUAUUCAGAAGAUGACCAGUAGACACUGGUGUGCUGUCCCCAUCUUGUUUCUGUCCAGGGCUCUGGCCGGCGUCCCCAGGUGCAGAGCCCUGGGCCUGGAAGGGCUUCUCGCUCUCAGGGACGUGCUGCAGUGCACCAUGGCCACGCACCAGAUCCUGCUGCGGGGCGCGGCGCAGGGCUACCUGCUCCAGACAGCCAUGAGCGUGCUCGACGUGGAAAAAGUGUCACUUUCCGACGUCUCAGCUUUUCUCCUGUCGCUGAGACAAGAGGAGUCCUUAGGGCGAGGAACGUCACUGUGGACAGAGCUCUGUGAGUGGCUGCGUGUUAAUGAAAGCCGUUUUGGGCGACCCUCGACCUGCAGCUCCGUCGGACUUCAGGAGACAUGCCCUUUGAAUGCUUUUGUGAAGAACCUGGUUGAAGAGUACGUUAAGCCACCUGCUUGGGAAGCGGCAGAGACCUGCUGGAUGCCCGACUGGGCUGAAGCCAGGCUCGUCGCCCUGAUGGUCCUGCUGGCUGUGGACGUGGAGGGAAUGAAGACGCAGUACAGUGAGAAGCGGAGGACGCAGAACGUGUUGAGGAUGUUCUUGGACCCUCUCCUGGAUGCCCUUGGGAAGCUGGGCACCAACGCCUACAUGCCGGUGCUGAAAGCCGACAGGUGCCUGCAGCUGCUGGUGAUGCUCCUGCGCACCAGCACGCCGAGAGGUCCCCGAGCCCCAGACGACGAGGUGUCUCCGCUCCUCCAGGACCUCGUGGCGGCCGCGGCCGAGAGCAUCUCCCAGUUCGUCCUCAGGAGACUUGCCAUGAGUGAGCUGAGCAGCGUUCCCGACCUGGACCGUGGCCGCUUGUACCUGCAGGCCUUCACGGAGCUCACAGGUCUCCACCGGGAGGCGGGGUGGAAGAGAGGCAACCCCGUCUGGAGAGUGGUUUCUCCUUUGAAAACCGCGUGCGUUCGGCAUCUUCAAGACACAGACGGCGGACAGGAGCCGACACUGGGGAGGCAGGUGCAGAGGGUGGUCAGCAUGGCGGCCUUGGCCACGGUGUGCAAGGUCACAGACCAGAAGCCGGAGCUGCAGCUGGACCUGCAGCCAGACCCGCCGGAUGCUGGGCCCGCGGAGAGGUUCCUGGCCUCCCUCCCGCUCAAUCAGAUGCUGCUGAAGCCGUGCCUGGAGGAGCAGAGCAGUGACUUUGAAGAAUCGUCGUCUUCCCAAGGAUGGGGGAAAAUAGCUGCACAGUAUAUUCAUGACCAGUGGGUCUGCCUCUCCUUUCUGUUGAAAAAGUACCACACCCUCCCGCCGCCCUCAGAGGGUGGCCCCCCGGAGCCCGUCCUGCCUGCCGUCCAGAUGCCCGCGAGGACGCUGCAGUCCGCGCUAGAAGCCCUCACCAUCCUUCCCUCCGACCAGGUCUUACCUGUGUUCCACUGCAUGAAGCUUUUGGUUCCCCAGCUUCUGGCCUCCUCCGAAUUGCUCUGCAUAGAGGCUUUCGACAUGGCGUGGAAGGUUCUAUGUUCUUUAAGCAACACUCAGCUGAUAUUCUGGUCUAGUUUAAAAGCUUUUGUUCAGUUUGUUUUUGAUGCCAAAGUUCUUACCAUCGCUGCAAAAAUCAAGGGCCAGGCGUAUUUCAAAAUAAAAGAGAUUAUGUACAAGAUGAUUGAGAUGUCUGCUGUAAAAACCGGAGUCUUCAACACCCUGAUAACUCACUGCUGCCGGUCUUGGGUGGCUCCUGCUUCAGAGGUGUCCCCUGGGUCUCUGUCAACUGCCAAACACUACGGCGAGCUGGUCCUUGAGGCUUGUGUGUUCGGAACUGUGUUCAGGCGCGAUCAGAGACUCAUUCAGGACGUCCAGACCUUCAUAGAAAAUCUCGGACACGAUUGUGCAGCAAACGUUGUCAUUGAAAAUACCCAAAGAGAGGACCAUUAUGUCAGAAUUUGUGCUGUCAAGUUCCUGUGUUUAUUAGAUGGCGCUGACAUGUCUCAUAAACUGUUCGUGGAGGAUCUUGCAAUCAAGCUAUUAGAUAAAGAUGAGCUGGCGUCUACGUCUAGGACUCGAUACUAUGUGAAUUCUCAACAACACAGAGUGAAAAACCGAGUGUGGCAGAUUCUGCUGGUCCUUUUCCCCAGAUUUGAUCAGAAUUUCUUGAAUAGAAUCAUUGACAAGAUUUUCCAGGCCGGCUUCAGCAAUAACCAGGCAUCCAUAAAGUAUUAUAUAGAAUGGAUCAUUAUAUUGAUCCUUCACAAGUUCCCUCAAUUUCUUCCGAAGUUCUGGGAUUGCUUUUCUUAUGGGGAAGAGCACCUGAAAACAAGCAUUUGUACAUUCUUAUCAGUUUUGUCACAUUUCGACAUCAUUACUGAAAACAUCCCAGAAAAGAAGCCCCUCCUGAAGCGGGCCCUGGCCGUCGUGCUCCGCUGGGGCCUCAGCCACAACUUCAGCGUCCGGCUGUACGCGCUGGUGGCGCUGAAGAAAAUCUGGGGCAUGUGUAGGACGUGGCAGGUGGAAGACAUGGACGCCGUGAUGCCCGUGAUCGAGUCCAGCCUCAGUCAAGUGGAGAACAUGCACGGAGCAGGGAACGCCAAGAGGAACUGGCAGCGCAUCCAAGACCACUUCUUUUUCGCAGCAUUUCACCCGCUGGAGGAUUACUGUCUGGAGACCAUAUUUUACAUCCUCCCGCGCCUCUCAGGCCUCAUCGAGGACGAGUGGAUCGCCAUAGACAAGUUCAGCAGGUUCACGGACCUUCCGCCGGCUGCCGGGCUUCAGGGCUACCUCUGUCCCACCCAGCUCCGUGACCUGAGACCGGGGGACUGGGCUCAGCAGGACACAGGCUCUAACUCAGGCGAGGCGGACAGCCCGUCCGAGUGGACUGAUGUCCAGAAGAAGAUAAUCCCGUGGAAAAACGACGUUCCCGAUUUGGACCUGGAGCUAGUGUUUCAGGACCGGGCUUCCAGGCUGGGGAAGUGCACCGGCAGCCUGAUUGUGGUGGCCUCGCUCAUUGAUAAGCCAACCAAUCUAGGAGGGCUAUGCCGCACCUGCGAGGUCUUUGGGGCCUCGGCACUGGUGGUCGGCAACCUUCAGUGUGUCCACGACAGACAGUUCCAGCACCUCAGUGUCUCCGCGGAACAGUGGCUUCCUUUAGUGGAGGUGAAGCCAGCGCAGCUGAGGGAUUACCUGCAGCAGAAGAAAGCACAAGGCUACACGGUCAUCGGCGUGGAGCAGACCGCGCGGAGCGCCGACCUGACCCAGUACUGCUUUCCCGAGAAGUCCCUGCUCCUGCUGGGAAAUGAGCGCGAAGGAAUCCCAGCAAACCUGAUCCAGCAAUUGGACGUGUGUGUGGAAAUCCCUCAGCAGGGCAUCGUCCGCUCGCUCAACGUGCACGUGAGUGGGGCGCUGCUGGUCUGGGAGUACACCAGGCAGCAGCUCCGCCGGCAUGGGGCGCCCCGCUGCAAGGCCCCGCCUCUCCUGCAGUCAGCUGCUGGUGCUGCGGACACGUUGUGUUACAAAGAAAACCAUCUGGACUAAUGAAGUCGAGUCUGAAUUUACUGGGAUAAGUUGUACAUUUUUUAUAGUUUAAUGCCAAACGUUUCAAUGUGCCUUAAACACAUUAUUGUGUUGUCCCCUUCAAACAUUUUUAGCUAAAUUGUAUUGCUUCUUUAGUAAAACGUUUUAAGCAAUUGUGGAAAUAAACACAUAUUUUUGAAAGAUCUUAUCUUUCCUCGGAAGUAGUGUUGUCGGAAAAGCAUGCUGCGGAGUGCCGCAGUUCAUGGCGGCUCUGCCCCCUACGCACAAGGGAGCAAGGUGCUGAGCCAGCUGCCCUGGAAAGUUCAGAACACUCAGGUGACAGGUUUUCAUUUAUCUUUAAAGCCAGGAACGAGGUCACAAUCAUUCAUAUGAAGUUUGUAAAUGAAAUGUUCAUGUGCCACCUUUGCCCAGAGUUCAGUGGUGGUGAGAAACAGUCUAUGUUCUGUCUUCUGUACCCGUUUCGCCUUUUCCAGAAUCGUAAAUGGAAGCAUGUACUAAUUACAUAGCCUUUUGGGUCUGGCUUCUUUCCAGUAGCAAAAUCUAUUCAAGGUCCACCUGUGGUGCUGGGCGACUCAGCUGUUCAUUUCUCUUUGCUGCAUGGUACUGUGUAAAUGUACUACAGUGUAUCCAUUCCUGUGCUGCAGGCAUCUGGGUUGUUUCCAGUUCUGGCCAGUUAGGAGUGAUGCUGCCAGAAACGCUCACACACAGUUCAUUUGGUGAAACACCUGGAGUGGGACGCUGGGCCGUGAGGCAAGCGCAUGUUUAACUUCAUGGACUCCAGACUGUCUUCCAAAGGCGCGUCGCCGUGUUGCACUCCCCCCAGGGCUGAAUGAGCUUGUGCUGCCGUGAAUCCCCACCAGCACUCGAUAUGGCCCACUUGUAACUCACUCUAAUAGGCGUGCAGUGACGGAUCAUGAUGAUUUUAAAUUGCCCUACUCUACUAACAACAUGAAGCAUCUUUACCUAAUACCUAAUACUGGUUAUUACAACAUUAUGCCCAUUUUUUAAACUUGGGCGAUUUAGUUUUUUAAAGAGUUGUAAGAGUUCUUCAUUAUGGAUACAACUUUUUGUUAUGUUAUUUGCAAAUAUUUUCCCCCAGUCUGAAAUUUUCUUUUUAUUCUAAUAGAAUCUUUCAUAGAGCAAAAAUUUUUAAUUUUGAUAAAAUCCAAUGCAGCUUUUUUCUUUCAUGGAUUUUGCUUUUGAUGUCAUCUCAAUUCAUUUUCAAACCUGAAAUCUUAAGAGUUCCACAUUUUCUUCUACAAGCUUUACAGUUUUAUAUUUAAAUCUAUGAUCCAUUUUUUUAAAAAGUGUGAGGUAAUGUCAGGAUUCAUUUUGUUGUGUGUGGCCAUCCAAUUUUCCCAGCUCUGUGUGUUGGAAAGAUGGCCCUUUCUCCACUCAGUAGCCUUUACCCACGUGCAGACUCAGCCGACUCUGUGUGGGUGUGUGCCUGGACUCUGCUCCGGUCUACAGAACUCGGUGCCUGACCUUCUGCCGCCACCAUUCCGCCUGAGUCACUGUGGUGACCACACGAUGAAUCCUCCAGCUCCGUUCUCUUCAGAAACAUGUGGCUCUCUUAGGUCCUUUGCCCUUUCAUAUACAUUCUAGACUCAGUUUGUUACUAGUCCUUGUCUACAAAAAACGCCUGUUUUGAUUGGGACUGUGUUGAACCCAUAAAACAAACUGGGGAGAAUUUAACAAUAUCUUUUCAGUACUGAGUCAUCUAAUCCACGAACACAGUAUGUAUUGCCAAUUAAUUAGAUCUUCUCUGAUCUCAAGGGUUUGUUUUGUAGGUGUCGAACAUAAUGUAAGCUAUAUACUGAAGUAUUCCUUUUUAAAAAAAUUUUUAGUGUUAUUGUAAAGGAUGUAUUUUUUUCUUUUACACUCCAACGGCUCAUUGCUAGUACACAAGAAUAUCACUAUCUCCUAUAUUCCGACCUUGUUUCCUGGCACUUUUCUAAGAUUCAUUUAUUAGUUUUUCUGUUGAUUUUGGGGGGUUUUCUUUAGCGAUAAUACUAUCAUCUAUGAAUAGACUUGGUUUUCCUUCCCAAUUUGCAUGCUUUUUAUUUCUCUCUUAGUGAGGUGGUUAGGAAACCAACAAGGUGGUGAACAGGAGAAGUGAGGGAGGACAUCCUUACCUUGUUAGUGAUUUUUGGAAGAAAAAACAUUCAUCAU